CACACCUCUUUCCCACACUCUCUCUACCAUCUUCCCCUCUACUCUCUCUCUCUCUACUCCAAGAUCUGUCACGCACACGCAGAAUUCAGCUCGCUUCUCCCGUGAAGAUGCCGUCUUUACGGCGCUUCUCGCGGCGCCUGAUCACCACACUCCUGCCGAUCCUGCUCCUGCUCACCUCCUCUUGCGCCGCCGCUCCGGCCACCGCGAGGCGCCAGCUGCACCAGCCCUUCGUCCCGGACCAGUCCACCGCGCCGCCGUCCCAGACCCCGCCGGGCCCCGCCCCGCCCUUCUUCCCCACGUUCCAGGGCGCGCCUCCUCCGCCGCCGGGCCCGCCCACCUCGCCGGAGCAGCCGACGUACCCGGCCCUCGUGCUCCCCAACAACCCCUCCUCCCCCGCCGGGAGCGUCUCGGCGUCGCCCGCAGAGGGCAACGGCGGGGCCGGCGCGCCCAAGUCGUCGUCCUCCAAGAGCUCCUCCAAGCUCGUCCCGGCCAUCCUGCUCCCGCUGCUCACCGUCGCCGUGCUCGCCCUCUCCAUCGGCUUCUUCUUCAAGCACCGCCGCACCAAUGCCGGCCGCGGGGUCGGCGGCGGCUGCGUCGGCGGGGAGAGCAAGUUCCUGCACCCGGAGCGCGCCAGCCUCUUCGCGCGCGACGAGUUCGGCGGGAGCGGCGGCGUCGGCAGGGCCGCGCGCGCGCCGCCCGCCUCAGCCGGCGCGGCGGGUCCGGCCGCCUCCUCAGCAGAAUUCCUCUACGUGGGGACGCUGGCGGGCAGGGACGACGGGAAGAGCAGCGACACGACUUCCUCCGGGGACGAGGCGUCGCGGAGCUCGGGCGGCUCCCCGGAGCUCCGCCCCCUCCCCCCGCUCGUGGGCCGGCAAUGCGGGCCGGCCGGGGCCAGGAGCGCCGGCGGGUCCUCCCCGUCGUCCGGGGAGGAGGAGUUCUACUCGCCGCGCGGGUCGUCCAAGACGUCCGGCUCGCAGCGGACGCUCGCCGCGGCGGUGCACGCCGCCGUCGCCGCGCGCGACCGCUCCAGGACCGCGUCGCCCGGAUCGGCCGUCAGCACGCCGUCGUACCCGUCCUCGCCCGGCGCGACCAUGUCGCCCGCGCCCUCCUCGCCGCCUCUCUUCUCCAGCCCCGGCCAGUCCGGCCGCCGCUCCGCCAGCAAGGCGAGAUCCGACGUCUUCGGCAUCCCGCCGACGCCGCCGCCCCCGCCUCCUCCGUUCGCGCCGACGCUGCCGCCACCGCCGCCUCCUCGCCGGAAGGCACCGUCGCCGUCGCCACCGUCCUCUCCGCUCGAGAACCUGUCGUCGGCCAUCAGAUCCGCCACCGACACCCUCUCCAGAAACCCAUUUAUCCAGCCACCAACCCCACCACCGACAAGCGCGCACCCACAGCCUCCUCCGCCCCCGCCGCCUCCUCCGCCGCCGGUGGGCUACUGGGAGAGCCGCGUCCGGAAGCCCUGUACGUCCAAAGAAACCCGGUCGCCCGCGCUGUCUCCGCCGCCCCAGCCAGCCAACUUCAGGAGCGUUCCAACCACCGACGCGUUCCCCGUCAGGCUGCCGGACAAUGCCGACCACGGCGACAAGUCCGAGGAGACCACACCGCGGCCCAAGCUCAAGCCCCUGCACUGGGACAAGGUCCGGGCCAGCUCCGACCGCGCCAUGGUGUGGGAUCAGCUCAAAUCCAGCUCAUUCCAGGUCAAUGAGGAGAUGAUCGAGACAUUGUUCAUUUGCAAUCCUGCCAAUGCGGCACCCAAGGAGGCGCCUACAAGGAGGCCAGCGCUGUCGACGCCCAAGGCUGACAACAAGGUGCUGCUGGAUCCAAAGAAGGCGCAGAAUAUUGCAAUCUUGCUGCGCGCUCUGAAUGUUACCAAGGAGGAGGUCUGCGACGCCCUCUGCGAAGGUAACACGCAGAACUUUGGAGCAGAUCUGCUGGAGACUUUGCUAAAGAUGGCUCCUACCAAGGAAGAGGAGAUUAAGUUGAGAGAAUUCAACGAGGAGGCAUCGCCUAUUAAAAUUGGCCCUUCAGAGAAGUUCCUUAAGGCUGUUCUUGAUGUGCCUUUUGCUUUCAAAAGAGUGGAUGCAAUGCUUUACAUUGCUAACUUUGAAUCAGAGGUUAAUUACCUGAAGAACAACUUUGAUACCCUUGAGGCUGCUUGCGAUGAGCUUCGGAAUAGCAGACUAUUUCUGAAGCUACUUGAGGCUAUUCUCAAAACUGGCAACAGGAUGAAUGUUGGCACAAACCGUGGUGAUGCGCAUGCAUUCAAGCUUGAUACUCUGCUCAAACUGGCUGAUGUCAAAGGCACCGAUGGCAAGACAACCCUUCUGCACUUUGUCGUGCAGGAGAUCAUCCGAACAGAGGGUUCGCGUCUCUCUGCCAGCAACCAAUCAACGCCAAGAACUCUUGCGAACCCUCUACGAGAUGAGCUUGAGUGCAAAAAGGCUGGCCUCCAAGUGGUGGCUGGCCUUGGGAACGAGCUCAGCAGCGUGAAGAAGGCAGCAGCGAUGGACUCCGACGUGCUAAGCAGCUACGUCACGAAACUGGCGGGAGGAAUAGAGAAGAUCACUGAGGUGUUGCGGUUGAACGAAGAGCUGAACACGAGGGAUGACGCCUGGAGGUUCCAUGACACAAUGCAGAAGUUCUUGAAGAAGGCCGAUGACGAGAUCCUCAGGGUUCAGGCUCAGGAGAGUGUCGCGUUGUCGCUCGUGAAGGAAAUCACCGAGUACUUCCACGGCGACUCCGCGAAGGAGGAGGCUCAUCCUUUCAGGAUCUUCAUGGUAGUCAGGGAUUUCCUCGCCGUUCUCAACCAGGUCUGCAAGGAGGUCGGCAGGAUCAACGACCGCACGAUCGCCAGCUCCGUGCGCCAUUUCCCGGUGCCCGUCAACCCAAUGAUGGUCAAUCCGAUGAUGCCGCAGCUGUUCCCGAGGAUCCAUGCCUUGAGAGCUGGAAUCUCCGACGAUGAGAGUUCAAUUGCAUCGUCGCCCUGACCACCAGUAGUCCGCCAAUAGAUAAUUUUGUGGACUAUCAACGGGGAAACAGCCAUAAACGGGAACUAGGGAUGGAUUCAACAGCUUGGCAGCUGGGGACAGAGCACCCCUGGCACUGGAACUAGAGCCAGCUAGCAUGGGCACCUAUCCGAAGAGCGGUCCAGCCAUGGCGUCAAGCUCAGGUGAGUUCGGAGGUAGCUGAGCAUCCCCUUACACGGCGCCUGACGCUCGUCACCUGCAUGAACACCGACGGUGGCGGGCUGUUCAUCCUUUUCUCCUAACUUUUUGUACCUGUAGAUUAUAGAAUGUACAAGAUUUUUGCAAAUAUUUAUUUCGAUAUAUAAGAAGGGGCAAAGGCUUAGAGCAGAGGAGGGAAAAUAAGCAGUUGGUGUAUGUAUACGGUCUUAAUUCUGUACAUGGCAUGGAGCAGUAAGUAAAUCAGAUGUCAAUGUAUUCGUCGUCCUGUACAAUGCAGUAACAAUUUCAAAAAAGUUGAAUGUA